UCCCAACGUCAUACUUCCAAGCACUGAGAAUUUCACGUGGAGUAUAGUGAAGUAGACUUCAGUUUCUCUACAUCACUUCUGUAUUAGAAUUUUUUUUAAUCCUUUCAUAAUCUUGUUGCAUGUUUAAAUAAAUCAAUAUGGCCCGAAUGAACCGCCCAGCUCCUGUGGAAAUCACCUACAAGAACAUGAGAUUCCUGAUCACACAUAAUCCAACCAAUGCAACCUUAAACAAAUUUAUAGAGGAACUUAAGAAGUACGGUGUUACCACAGUGGUAAGAGUGUGUGAAGCUACUUAUGACACUGCUCCGGUGGAAAAAGAAGGCAUUCAGGUUUUGGACUGGCCCUUUGAUGACGGUGCUCCACCAUCCAACCAGAUUGUUGAUGAUUGGCUAAACCUCCUUAAAGUUAAAUUUCGUGAAGAACCUGGUUGUUGCAUUGCUGUACACUGUGUUGCUGGUCUUGGAAGAGCUCCAGUCUUAGUUGCUCUUGCACUGAUAGAAUGUGGAAUGAAGUAUGAAGAUGCAGUGCAGUUCAUAAGACAGAAGCGGCGUGGAGCUUUCAACAGCAAGCAACUUCUGUACUUGGAGAAAUACCGCCCCAAGAUGCGUCUGCGCUUUAAAGACUCCAACGGUCACCGAAAUAAUUGUUGUAUUCAGUAAAGCUCAACAGCCUAUAGUACUUCUUUGGAAAUAAAGGGUGGAAACUAGAAUUAAGCAGACUGCAUGCCAAAGACAUCAGUCUGGUAUUUUUUAGUAGUAAAGGAAGCUUCCUUAGGAGUAUUUAUUAGGCUGAAGGCUCAGUAGAAAUGCAACUUGUAUGUUUAGAUAAAUAUCUGUCUAUUUGGAGACCCAGUAAAUGUUUUUGCUGUACCCUGUUUCUAAGCUGUCUCCUUGUUCAUUAAUUAUCAAAUCAAAUAUCCUUUAAUCAUGCCAUUGAGUCUUACUGACCUAGUUUCAACUACUAAAAAUUGGGGUACUAAAAUAAAUCAAUCUAUAGAGAGAUUAGGUGCCAAAAUACCCAGCAUAUCAGCUUCAUGUUUUUCCUUAAAAUGGGCAUAGUUCUGAUGAUGUGAGAGCUACCAGCUUAUCUGGACCUUACUAUCUUUUUUUCUACAGUCAUUUCAAUAUUGAAGAAUAUGGCCUCUAAAGUAGUCUUGCCUGCUCACGGUAUGUUUUGUCUCCCACAAUCGCACUAGAAUUAUCAAGAUUUGCACAGUUUGUCUUUUUAAUACUAUGAAUUACAGCAACUUUUUACCCCUGCAUCUGUACUUUUCUGUUACCUGAACCUCUCCAUAUUACAAGUCAUUACUCUGGUUAUUCAUGUAGAAGAUCUUUUAAAUUGUACAGAAGCACACAAGUCUUUAAUGUCUCCAGACAAAAGCCUUACAGUAAAAUUAAUGUUGGCACUUCAUGUGCAACUUAACAGAGGGCCUGAAAAGGUUGGGAGGGGCUAUUUAAUAUUUCUAGUAAAAUGUUGCCUUUGUCUUGUGCAGGAAGUAUAGAAUAUGCCCUUUACUUUAGUAAAUAUUUUUUUAAAACGUAGAAAUGCUUUGUUAUUGUAGCUAAAAAUUCUUAAUCAGAAAAUUUCUGAAAAAUCUUGUAGUUUUCUUUUACUGUACCUAUUGAGAGUUGUUUACCAACUAUUGCUUUGUUGAAAGUGUGAUCUUUUUAUUUUCUUUUCAUUUUUCCUCCUUGAGUUUCUGCUAUGACUUGGGCAGACCUCUGUAAUAUUUUGUAUGCCUUUCAAGCUGCGUAACUUAAUAUUUGGAUACUUGAUAAUUUGUUUUAUUAUGUAAUUGAUAAAAUGGUGAUGUGUAUUAAUGUUAGUUCAACCAUAUAUUUAUACUGUCUUGGGAAUGUGUGGUUAUAGUUCUGUGGGAGAAAUACUUUUGCCAGUGUUCACCAGCUUGUAAAAUCUAGUGCGAGAGCUUAAAACAUCUAAAUAAAGACUGAAAUGCACUUAAAAA